GUAUUGAAUCAUAUCGGAUCACGCAGGAAUAUGUAUAUAUUGAAAACGAAGGGGCGGCGAAGGGGAAGGAAAGGAAAGGAAAUAGAUAAGGAAAGGUGAGAACCGUACCGUACGCAAGUGGAUCUGCUGCAGCGAAGUGCAACCUCAACCGGAACGCUCGGGUUGAAUAAUCUGCAGAAGCGAUUCGAUUAGAUGCGAGGGCACGAUUGGAUCAACACGUUGCUACCCGACGAGAUAAUCGUCGAGAUCUUCCGUCUCCUCGACUCCAAGUCCAGCCGCGACGCCUGCUCCCUCGUAUGCACGCGCUGGCUCCGCCUCGAGCGCCUCACACGCGCCGCCAUCCGCAUCGGCGCCUCCGGCUCCCCGGACCUCUUUGUGCAUCUCCUCGCCGCCCGUUUCUCCAACGUCACCACGGUUCACAUCGACGAGCGUUUCUCCGUUACCGUCCCCACAUUUGGGAGAAGACGUACGAGAGAUAAUUCCUCUUUGUCGGAUAAAAACGGAACUGCAUCCGCGGACGGCGGUUUUGAUUCGCACUGUUUGUCUGAUUCUGGUUUGGCUGCUCUAGCCAAAGGCUUUCCCAAGCUCGAGAAGCUUAGGUUAAUUUGGUGCUCUAACGUCACUAGCAACGGAUUGUCAUCGCUGGCAAGGGAAUGCACUUCUUUGAAGUCCCUGGACUUGCAGGGGUGUUAUGUUGGAGAUCAAGGUUUGGCUGCUGUUGGGCAGUGUUGCAAGCAACUUGAAGAUUUGAAUCUGCGUUUCUGUGAAGGCUUAACUGAUACGGGUUUGGUUGAACUAGUGUUAGGGGUGGGGAAGUCAUUAAAAUCCCUUGGAGUAGCAGCUUGUGCUAAAAUAACCGAUGUUUCAAUGGAAGCUGUGGGAUUACACUGCAGAUCCCUUGAUACCUUAUCAUUGGACUCUGAGUACAUCCAUAAUCGAGGGCUGCUUGCUGUGAUUAAAGGAUGUCCACAUUUAAAAGUUCUAAAGCUGCAAUGUGUUAAUCUUUCAGAUGAUGCUUUGGAAGUUGUUGGCACUUCUUGUUUGUCUCUGGAGUUAUUGGCUCUAUAUAGUUUUCAGAGAUUUACUGAUAAGGGUUUGUGUGCUAUUGGGAAUGGAUGUAAGAAGUUAAAGAACUUGAUUUUAAGUGAUUGCUAUUUUAUAAGUGAGAAGGGUUUGGAAGCAAUUGCUACAGGCUGCAAAGAACUUACUCAUCUUGAAGUGAAUGGGUGCCACAACAUUGGAUCUUCGGGGCUAGAAUCUGUUGGAAAAUCUUGCCAACAUCUGACUGAGUUAGCAUUGCUUUACUCCCAAAAAAUUGGUGAUGUUGGCCUCCUUGAGGUUGGACAGGGAUGCAAAUUAUUGCAAGCGCUUCACUUGGUAGAUUGCUCAAGCAUUGGAGAUGAAGCCAUGUAUGGUAUUGCCAGUGGAUGCAGGAAUUUAAAGAAACUUCAUAUCCGUCGCUGUUAUGAGAUUGGGAACAAGGGCAUCGUUGCUGUUGGUCAGCACUGUAAGUUACUCACAGAUCUUAGCAUCCGAUUCUGUGAUAGGGUGGGUGAUGAGGCCCUUAUUGCUAUAGCUGAGGGCUGUUCCCUUCAUAAUCUGAACGUAAGUGGUUGCCAUCAAAUUGGAGAUGCUGGAGUGAUAGCCAUUGCCAGGGGUUGCCCUCAACUCUGUUAUUUGGAUGUUAGUGUACUGCAGAAUUUGGGUGAUAUGGCUAUGGCUGAGUUGGGAGAACACUGUCCAUUGCUGAAAGAAAUAGUACUCUCACAUUGCCGGCAAAUAACAGAUGUUGGGUUAGCCCAUCUUGUAAAAAGUUGCACGAUGCUUGAGUCAUGCCACAUGGUUUAUUGCUCUGGUAUAACUUCAUCUGGAGUGGCCACAGUGGUUUCUAGCUGCCCCAAUAUAAAAAAAGUCCUUGUGGAAAAGUGGAAGGUUAGCCAACGUACAAAGCGCCGAGCAGGCUCUAUAAUUUCCUACUUGUGUGUAGACCUUUAGACCUCCUUCGGUAUAGAUGCAUAUCCCCAAGCUUUUUACUGUUAUAUGUGUGAAUAUAUAUAGAACUGCAGGUUAUGACAAUCGGCACAAUAGUAGGAUGCAUGGUUGUGCAUGUUUUGCUGGUGCAGGACUUUCGAUCCCUUGGUGAAUAAGGUUUUUUCUUGUACAUAUUAAUAUCGUUCUAGUGUCAGGGAUUUGUCAUAGGAGAGUGAAGAGUAUAGAAACUAAUAGGCCUGGAUAAAAAGGUGUGGCUUUCAAUAACUUGAUUUAUGUAUAUAUAUAUAGUUGAAGAAAUACUAUGACUCUGAAAUUGUUUAUUCCAAAAUUAAAAAAAAAAAUGUGCCUUUCAUAUUGAUGUUUCACACAAAAUUUGUUGAGUAAAACCAAGGUUUGCUUUUAUCUA